UUCGUCAGACGGGCGGGGAGCUGCGGCGGGCGGGAGCGGGGAGCGGCGGGGCGCAGCCGCCCGGGCCGCAGCGGGGAUGCGCCGCGGACCCCGGCGAGGAGAAUUUUGGCCAAAUCGAUGUAACAUGAACCUAAGAACAGAAACCGUUGGAAGUGGAAGGCUGCUGCGUGGAGUCCUACAUGACAAGUGGUUGAGGCCACUGAAGGAGGUGCAGUUCAGCUAAGAUUGAAUUCCUCUUUGGCUGUCCAUAAACUGUGAAACAAGGAUGCAGAAGACUGUCCCUUGCCUUUUUGUACAUGAGUGAUAAGAGCACAAGAUCAUUACUACAAGUCUGCUGCAAAGAUGAGUUCAGAGGAGAAGAGUAUAUCUCCAGCUCACAAAACGUCCACUCCAUCACAUAGAAGUGCCUCCUCUUCAUCAUCGUCUCAGAGGGACAGGAGGCAGAGUGUUCAUAUUUUGGAGCGGAAGGCUUCUUCAGGAAGCACAGACCCUUCCUUAAGCAAGCAGUUCCUUGAAAGCGACCCUAUCUCUCUAUCCAAGGAACCUGACAGCUGGGAAAUCAUAGAGGGCCUGAAAAUAGGCCAGACCAAUGUCCAGAAGCCAGACAAACAUGAAGGUUUCAUGCUGAAAAAGAGAAAAUGGCCUUUAAAAGGUUGGCACAAGAGGUUUUUUGUCCUGGACAAUGGAAUGUUGAAAUAUUCAAAGUCACCAAUUGAUAUACAGAAGGGCAAAGUCCAUGGGAGCAUUGAUGUUGGAUUAUCAGUUAUGUCUAUAAAAAAGAAGGCUCGGAGAAUAGAUCUUGACACAGAAGAACACAUCUAUCAUCUGAAGGUGAAGUCCCAAGAUUCAUUUGAUGCAUGGGUUUCAAAAUUACGCCACCACCGGUUAUACCGUCAGAAUGAGAUUGUGAGAUCUCCGAGAGAUGCUAGCUUUCAUAUAUUCCCUUCAGCCUCUACUACAGAGUCUUCACCAGCUGCUAAUGUGUCAGAUGGAAAGGUGCAACAAAAUAGCUUCCCCUGGCAGUCUCCUAUACCUUGCAGUAACAGCCUUCCUGCCACCUGUACUACUGGUCAGAGUAAAGUAGCAGCCUGGUUGCAGGACUCUGAAGAGAUGGACAGAUGUGCAGAAGAUCUUGCUCAUUGUCAGGCAAACCUUGUGGAACUCAGUAAACUUCUUCAAAAUUUAGAAAUACUACAGAGAACUCAGUCAGCACCAAAUUUCACAGACAUGCAGGCUAACUGUGUAGAUAUUUCAAAGAAAGACAAGAGGGUCACGAGACGAUGGAGAACAAAAAGUGUCAGCAAAGAUGCAAAAAUUCAACUUCAGGAAGGGCCGGCACCGAAGGGCCAGUUCAGCACAACACGACGCCGGCAGAGACUAGCAGCUGCAGUGGCUACAACAGUCCCUUUCAGUGCUACAAUGUCACCCGUUCGACUGCAUUCAUCCAAUCCCAACCUUUGUGCAGACAUUGAGUUUCAGACUCCGCCAAGCCAUGUAACAGACCCUCUGGAGUGUUCUACUGAGUACAUAAAGCUUCAAGAAGAAUUCUGCCUGAUGGCACAAAAAGUGCAUUCUCUUUUGAAGUCUGCCUUUAACAGCAUAGCUAUAGAGAAGGAGAAGCUUAAGCAGAUUGUUUCAGAACAGGACCUUACAGGCCACAAUGCUCAAAUAGCACAUCUCAGACAGUCCCUCUCUCAGGCUCUCAACCAGAAUGCUGAACUAAGGAGUCGCUUGAACAGAAUACAUUCAGAAUCUGUUAUUUGUGAUCAGGUUGUCAGUGUAAAUAUUAUCCCUAGUCCUGAUGAGACCGGUGAACAAAUCCAUGUCAGUUUGCCACUGUCUCAGCAAGUUUCUAAUGAGAGCAGGCUCUCUAUGUCUGAAUCCGUUUCAGAGUUCUUCGAUGCACAGGAAGUGCUUCUAUCUGCCAGCUCAUCAGAAAAUGAGGCUUCUGAUGAUGAAUCUUAUAUCAGUGAUGUGAGUGAUAAUAUAUCUGAGGACAACACCAGCGUUGCAGACAACAUUUCUCGGCAAAUUCUUAAUGGUGAGCUAACAGGAGGCGCAUUCAGGAAUGGACGGAGAACUUGUCUCCCAGCUCCCAGCCCUGACACCAGUAACAUCAAUCUGUGGAAUAUUUUGAGAAAUAACAUUGGCAAAGAUCUUUCCAAAGUAUCCAUGCCAGUUGAGCUAAAUGAACCUCUGAAUACCUUGCAACAUCUUUGUGAAGAGCUGGAAUACAGUGAACUUUUGGACAAGGCUGCUGAAACAGAUGAUCCUUAUGAACGCAUGGUUCUCAUAGCUGCUUUUGCAGCAUCAGGCUAUGCCUCUACAUACUUCAGAGCAGGAAGCAAGCCAUUUAACCCAGUGCUUGGUGAAACUUAUGAAUGUAUUAGAGAAGACAAAGGAUUUCGAUUUUUCUCAGAGCAGGUUAGCCACCAUCCUCCCAUUUCGGCCUGUCACUGUGAAUCGAAGAACUUUGUGUUUUGGCAAGAUAUCAGGUGGAAAAACAAAUUCUGGGGGAAAUCAAUGGAAAUUCUGCCAGUUGGAACCUUGAAUGUGACUCUUCCAAAGUAUGGAGACUACUAUGUCUGGAACAAAGUCACCACUUGCAUACAUAAUAUUCUUAGUGGAAGGAGGUGGAUAGAGCACUAUGGAGAGAUAACUAUCAGAAACACAAAAAGCAGUGUUUGUAUUUGUAAACUCACAUUUGUCAAGGUGAACUACUGGAAUUCAAAUGUAAAUGAGGUCCAGGGUGUUGUGAUAGAUCAAGAAGGGAAGGUGGUUCAUCGCCUUUUUGGAAAGUGGCAUGAAGGCCUUUAUUGUGGGGUUGCACCUUCAGCCAAAUGCGUAUGGCGGCCGGGCUCCAUGCCAACCAAUUAUGAACGGUAUUAUGGCUUCACAAGGUUUGCUAUUGAGCUCAAUGAAUUGGAUCCUGUACUGAAAGAUCUUCUUCCUGCAACAGAUGCGCGAUUCAGGCCGGAUCAAAGGCUUCUGGAGGAAGGAAAUGUGGAAGCAGCAGCAUCUGAGAAACAAAGAAUAGAGGAACUCCAGAGAGGUCGGAGGCGGUACAUGGAAGAAAACAGCAUUGAAUAUGUACCUAAGUUUUUUAAAAAAGUUAUCGAUGCUAAUCAAAGAGAAGCCUGGGUUACCAACGACACCUACUGGGAACUGCGAAAGGAUCCUGGCUUUAGUAAAGUAGAAAUUCCCGUACUCUGGUUAGUCCUUUGGUGUGAUGUGCUUGGACUGGCCUUUGUCAAAAAGAUACACUUUUCCGGAAGCGGUUCCCAUUCAUAUGCCAUUGUUCAUGCCUUAAACAAAAUAUGAAGAUGUACAGUAAGUAAUUUUAAAAUAUGUAUGCUUAGGCUUGUGUGAAGGGCAGAUUUUUAAAGCACUAGAAUUUUAUCCUGAUAUAAAUAUUGGAGAACCUGCAUUAUUUAAAAUAAAAAGAACACCAAACAUCUAACUGUCUUUCAGAAGAAUGAGAUCUACUGUACAUGCUUUAGCUUUGGGAAGCUGACUGUAUAAUCAGACUGAAAAGAAACUGCUAACUGGUUGAAUUUGAGACAAUUUUGGUAAAUGCAUAUGAACUGCUAGUCAAAAAGUUCAUAUUCUAAAUGACUGAUGCUGAAAUGCAAUCAUCACUUUUACCACUGGCUGGACAUAGUCUCACAGUCAAUCUCAUUUCCCUAUAACUGUUUAUACAAUUAGAGUUCCCUGAAGCUUUGCAACAGUGUUAAAAGCACAGAAAGAUUUCAUGGGAAGGUCUCUGGCUUCUCUCCAAAAGAUGGAUAGUACUGUAAAUGAAACUAUUUUCUGCCACACACACUGUUUGCUUUACUGGCUCUGCUUUUUCCCCCAUCCACUUUUUUUAUCUAAAUUUAUAUUUGAGAGUAUGGCAGAGGGUCCCAUGCAUUUUAGCUAACAGCUAUUACUUGUGUUGCCAAAAUAGCUUUUGUGCAAAAUUAUAUUUUACAGUUUUUCAUAAAGUGAAUCUAUAUUUUUUGAUUAAGAACCAGGUCUAUUAUGUGUUGCGAAGCCUCAGUUAAUAUAUGUGGGAGAAGGCUUGGCACUUUCUAUUUGAAAAUCUCUGGAACAUUAAACAGCAGGAGGGCAGAUUUUAGUAAAAGGAAAAAAGUAAUUUUAUUAGGUAAAAACUGCAUUCCAUAUGGUAUGACCUAGUCUUCCAUUUAUGCAUGUAUUAUACAUCCAGGCACAGUUAGAUUUCAUGCAUAUACACUGUAUUUCUUUCUACGCAUACAUACUGCACUUGAAUUUUCCUAUUUAAGAUUGAUUCCAGUACUGAGAUCUAAAAAAAAUUAUUAUAUGGGUAUGUGAUCCUGCCAGCAGAGCUGCUUGAACAGUUCUCAGUGGAUUACCACACAUACCCAGCUCUCUGCCUCCUUCUUCCUUUUGCAGAGUGAGGUCCCUACAGAACUGGGAUUACUUUGAUUAUUUAAUAUGCAUUUAGUUCUCCCCCUUGUCUGUAUGGCAAAGCAACCGGCAGACCAGCUAGCUACUAAUGAAUUCCAAUUUCUUCACACAGUUCUGUUAUCAGGAAAAACUAUGAGAACCAAAAGGAAAUACUAAGUAGACUUGUUAAGAAUUGUGAAUGGUCAUGAAUUGCUUAUGAAUAUUUGGCAUAAAAAAAACCCUGUGUGCAGAUUAACAGGAUUUCUUCCAAAGAAAAUUUUGAAUUAUUCAAAGAACGAUACCUUUUUAUUUCCUAGGUGAACCCAGUCUGAUUUUUUUUAAGUUCUGUAAUUGUUAUUAUAAGAAACUGAAAACAUAUCAAAGUUUGGCUUUUUUAAUUAUACUUAGUUAACUUCAUCCUACUUGCUUUAAUGACAUUACACUAUGAAUCAAAUUGGCACAUUGUGUGCAAAAUAGCAAUUAAUUGUUUUGUGUCGCUUUUCCUUAAAAACAGCAUUAUUAAACAUUUGCCCACCUCAUGCUCCAGUCUUUAUGUGCAGUUCACUGUGACACUAGAAAGCAUUAUACGUGUGUGACUGCAGGUACAUUUGAGGGACAGAAUCUGUAUGCCCUCAAAUGUUUUUGAAAGACAUUUUUUAAUUUAAAUACAGAAAUAAGGUCUUUAGUUCUACAGUGUUCUGCUAAUGCUUUGUCAAUGCCGUUAUUUGCAAUGCAAACAAACUUGGUGAACACUAAAGAUGCUAUCACUGAUUUAAUUUUAUUUACAAUUGUUUAUUUGACACUCAUUGAAAGAAAAAUAACAUUACAGUUUUAGAAUUAAAAAGAUCUGUGGUAUGCUAAAUCUUUCUAUUGAAGGCACUUUUCAAGCCUACUGAAUGUUAAAUUAGUUAACUAGUAAGUAGAGGAAACACAAAACAAUGAAUCACAGGAUAUUUGCAGGUUUUAUAAGAAACUGAAAAGUGCUAGCAGAUGUACCGUAAAGCAGUUACUUAUAGUGCAGACUUCUCUGGAUUCUGUGCAAGACCUUUUGUUAAUUUUUUCCCAUAACUUGCAGGUACAUCAUGACAUAUUUUAUGCUGUUUCUAAAGAGAAUGUGUUAACAGAGGAUGGGGUCUUGGGGCUUCUAUCCAAAUUAUAAUUUUUAGACAACCUGUGAAAUUUCACCAGCACUGAGUUGUGGGAGAUAGUGGGCUUUCCACAUCCCCUGCCAAUGUAGCGCAGAAUGGGGUUUUCCAUGUUGCAAUGAGAAUGCACUGUUGGCUUCUUUGCAUCCUGGCACCCAUUUUAAGUGCCUGCUGCUUUUUGGCAGGGCUUCUGCUUGGCCAUCCCAUCCCAGCACAUGGGGUUUUUCCACCCCAGGUGCAGACCUUUGCACUUUGUUGAACCUCAUGAAGUGUCAUCUGGCCCAGUCAUCAAGCCAAGCAACAUCCUUCUGAUUGAAGCUCUGCCAUUUGGUGUGCCAUCUCAUCCUCCUAAUUUAAUGUCAUCUGCCAACUGGUUGGCAUGUAGUCUAUGUCCUUGCCCAGGUCACUGGUGAGAGGUUGAUUGAUAUGGACUACAAAAUUGAUCCCUGCAGGGCUGUUGUCAUGGCUGGCUGCCAGUGGGGUGUAAGCCAUUGAUCAGUGCCCUUCAAGGACGGGGACUUGGGCAGUUUUCAGCCCACCUCACUCCAUUCAUCCAGGCAGUAUUUCCUUUUAAAAGUCAUGAAAAAUACUUACAAAUCCAAUAGAUUUAAUUGCUAUAGACCUGGUAUGUGUUGAAAAUUAGUGCAAAUCAUUUUACAUUUAAAACCUUUUAAACAAUUUAAGAAGUUCUAACUUUCACUACAAAGACAUAUCCUUUGCUUUUUGCUGUGUUUUCUCAAAACACUUACUUCUGUGUAAAAUACACAAUCCUUCUGUUUUAGUUUCACAAUAGUAAACUGUUCCCCUGGAAACAUUCAAAACCUGCCUGGACAUGAUCCUGUGCCCCCUGCUCUAGGUAUAGCUGCUCAAGCAGGGGGGGUGGGACAAGAUGAUCUCCAGAGAUCCCUUCCAUCCCCUACCAUUCUGUGAUUCUGUACUUUCAAUUAAGAUUUUAGAAGUGUACCUUAAUUUGUUCCCUGUUCUGGUACUGCAGAUAUGAUACGGUAAUAAUAUCUAUUUUCAUGAAAUUAAAUGUCUUAUAAAGACUUAAAUAACUUAAUUCCUGUUUUAGAUCUGUAUUGAUAAGAUGACAGAUUUUUCAACGUAUUAGAAAUUGUUAUCUCAUGGGAGAUACAAUUUGAAUAUGAGUUGAUUUUCAUACAGUAUCACUGUGAUUAAAAAGUCAUCUAGACAGCCAUUUUAAUUUUAGACAAAUUUAAGUUGCAUGAAAUAAACUUUUUGGUAUUUGACUUCAAAAGUGAACUCCCACUAUAAUACUCUUUUCAUCUUAAAAUUAUUGUUACUUUUUUCUCUCGUUUUGAACUUCUGACUCUGAGCUCGUAUAGCAUUUGUGGGUUUUGUUUGAAUAGCACGUGUUAGGCAUAUGUCGAGCAUUGCAGUAUGUAUACAUAACACAGUUUUGAAAGAUAGUGCCCUUAAAUUCUCUACUGAGCACUGUCAGAGCUUUAUGGAAACAAAUUACACAAACCUUAAGGCACAGUAGGAGCCAGCACUGGCCCUGCCCUCAUGGGUGCCUGGUGAGGAGCUUGCAUCUGGGCCGUGCCCUCUGUUUCCCAUGGAGGUAACGUGGGAUUUUCUCACCCUCAAACCAGGCAGAGCAGAGUCCACCACAAUGCAGUCUUGCUCAUAGAGUUUUUCUCAAAAAAUCUGAAAUUUUAGAAAUACUCUGGAAGGGAGGGUAGGCUCAUUUGCACUUGUACCAAGAGGCCUGAAUAUGCCAAUUCUCUGUGAGUUUUGCAAAACUUCCUUUCACUGCAAAGCUGUUAGUAUGGGGAAGGUUUGCGUGGUCUCCUUGUUAUGUAGGAUUUUGAAUAUUGUCUGGUGCAGAGAGAAACACUAGCUGUUUAAUAUGCUGUUGGCUGCAGUUGUAAUCUGAGGAAUUAACUCUUUUAGAUGUCAUUACUAAUACUGGAGCUCCAUAAUGAAAUUAAAGGAUAGUUUUCAGACUAAAUCCACCUGAAAGGAAACAGUAUUUGUAUUCAUAUGCUAAAAUGACAGGAGGGGUUAAGUUAGAGAGUUUGGCCCAGCUGGUGGGGAAAAGAUUAAUAUUGACAGAAGUGUGUAAGUAACACUGGAAUGGCCUCACAGGUCACCCUGUGUUAUUCACAGGCCUGGGAGAAAGCUAACAAAGUUUACUAUGUCAUAACCACUUAUGUUGGCAGCUACUGGGGCUGAAAAUACUUUCUUGGAUUUUCUUCCUGUCUGUCAUUAACAGUCAUCAAAAUUGUAUAAAACUUGAAUUUGCUCUUUAGAACAUACGUUGAUAAAAGUCAAGGCAGGCAGGGGUACAGUGGCAACUGAGGUUACUUUUAUUAUCAUUCUGGUAUCCCUCAGAAGUUGUGUCAUGGAGAAGGGUCUUUUAGGGUUUUUUUUUCCUCUUUGUUUUUAACAGAUCUAGACUAAGUGUGUUGUUAAAGGUUUAAUUAUUCCUGGGAAGGAUAUCUGCCUGAGCUCCCUUAGAACAGUGAAUGGCACCCGCAAGAAUGUUGCUACUCUCAGUAAGCUCAGAGAAAUGGCUUAUUUACAGCAAUUUGUUUUAUUUUUGUAUUGUAAGGAGUCUACUUACAAAAGCAUUUGCUCUUUAAACUAGGGAAUGUAAAACACCUUCCUUCAUUAACUUUGGUGCAAGCUAUGUGUUUCUUCCACUAAACUGAAAAGCCUCUUUAUAAAAGGAUUUUUAUAUGGUAUCUUGCAGGUUUAAAAAGUAAUAGCAUUGUACUUGUAGGUGUUUUAUAUACCCAUCUCCUCCUUUGUCAAGUUUUGUGGUAUUAUAAACCCAUCAUAUCUUUUUUUUUUUUUUUUUAACCUUCCUUGUGAUCUUUGAAAAACCUCAGGAAAGAAAAGGGAGGCAGAGACUGCAGCGGAGAAUAGUGAAACGUCACAGCAGCUCUGUCAGUGGCACAGCUGUAACAAAAUUGAAAUUUUUCUAACUUUUAUGAAUUAAAAUAUCAUCAGAGCUGCUGAAUCAGUUUCAGGCAGGUUAUCUUUUACUAUUUUUCUUUCAGUUGAUCCAUGACAGCAUGAAAAAAGGGAAGAUUGGUGACGUUUGCUCAGAAUUAAUUCUGAAGGUGAAGGGAAGUUUUUAUUCCUUUUAAUAAAUAAAAAUGACUGUAGCCAGGAUUUGGCUGAAGAUGUAUUUGUAAUGUGGACAAAGAGAGUUACAUAUUUUAUAAAUAAGGAAACCAUAAAGUUGGAAUGUAUAAUCAGCGGUGUGUAAUGUAUUCUGUCUUGACCUAUGAAUAAUUCAUUGAAGUAUGGUAAUGCUACUUAUUCAUACUCCUGGUGCAAUGAUCCAGAUGUUUUCUCCUUUGAAACACUAAAACAAUUUCCAUAUUGACUGCUACUUUUAAUGGUCUGCAUUAAUGAAAGAGGUAUAUCUUAUGCUAAUGUAUAAUGUUGCUGGCCCAGAACAUUAGGCAUGCAAAAGGAGAAGAGGUGAGGAGAAGAUUCCUUCAAAAAGUCAGAAGAGGGUAACUUACUUCUUACACCCUGAGCAUCAGAAUGAUAUAAGUGCUAUACAAGAGCAGCACACGCAGUGACAAAUAUUCAGCCAGAACUAUUCUUCUUCACUGAAGUACUCUGUCCUUGUGCCAGUCAGUGGAGCCACACAUGCAACCUCUUUUUCUGAAGUUGCAUUACUCUCUAUGAUUGUGCUUGUGGCCCCCGGGUUGAUUGUCAAGCCCACCGAGGACAAUCAGUGUUAGAGUCAGGAUUGCAAACUCAUAUUUCUUUUCCAGUAGUCCUGUGCUGAAUGCUGUCUCUCUUCCUUUGUUAAAUUCACCUGAACAAGGAAUAUUACAGUAACAUUAACAAAAUUAUUUUAAGUUUAAUCCUCAGUAUUUUCCAGGCGAAGGAAAAUAUAGGGAUAGCAUCUUCAAUUGUGUUGAAGAAAUACAGACGAGAACCUCAAUUAUCUUUGUAUUUGCUUAAUAUUUUAUAAAAUAUGUUGAGAUUGGAUCACCAGUAAUGAAAUUAUACAUAAGUAUAUUAAACGUUCUUUGUCACUUAUCUUGAAGUCAGCAUUGAAAAUUAUUGUUCCAAUCUGAGGUUAGAAGUUAGGUCUAUUUAGUUCUUGAAAUAAGUAUUACUGGUAUUCUUCAGCAUCUAAAAUAUAGUAUAACAAAUUCAGGUCACAAUAAAUUUUAUUUCCAGCUGAGUCUCAAACAAGACAUGACUAUGAGCUGAGAAAUAAAUGCUGAUGAGUGUAUUUUGGUAUGCUGGCAUAAAUGCAGAGACAGCAACUUCUGCCUUAGUUAAGCUUUCAUUCUAAUUAGCAAAAGCACUGUUCUUGUUCCUUUCUAGUUAUUUCUAAACUAAUUAUUUUCAAACAUUCAUUCCUCACUAAGAAUUAAUUACAUGUGAAGUCUGAGCUUUAAAAAUUAAACAAUGUUUGGAAUUCCACAGACAUGAAGAGUGGUGCUUCUUUCUUACACCUAAUCCUCAGAUCUUGCUAAAUCUCCCACUCUCAGAAUGAGGUGGACUUGUAGUGCUUAGUCACUAAAAUUUCAUCCUUGGAACUAAAAGAAAUAUCAGCGGGCUUUUCCAGAUGGGAUUCUUCUUCGUAUAUUGUUUUGUGUCUAUGUUAUUUGCUAUAAAAUGAGUAAGAAAUCAAGCUACUAGCAUCUGAUAUCUGAAAUAUUUUCCUUCACCAAAAUGCAGAGCAAACUUCUUGUUUUUUAUCUGUUACUGCUAGAUUGUCUGAAGUGGAUGCUUUAUUUAGCACAUAAAAAGCCGUCAUAAAAUUAAACUACUGUGGUAUCCAGAGAGAUCAUUAUGAUAGUUGUGUAUUAGGAUAUUAGCUAUAUUUUCUUUGUUGUAUCCAGUAGCAAGACUCUUUGGGGUCUUUAUCUACUUCCCUUUGUAUAAUUAACUGUUUGGUGAAUGAUGAUUUCUCAGUAUUUCAACAGCAAAAAUUUCUAUAUCUUCUCUCAUUUUUGCACAAAGUUAAUAUGAAUUGGGAAUAAUAUCACACUUUUUUGGUGAGAUUAGAUCCCAUAUGCACAUGUAUGAAAUGUAAUAAAUUUUAGUAUUUAUACCUUGCUCGGGCUCCAAGAAUGCCAUUAGAAGAGUAAGGUUUAGAUUAGUUGUCAGUUUUACAUUGCCUUAGUGAGCUUCUUUGCUUUUAACAGCCUUUAAUUUCAGAUGGGAAACAGCCCUGCACCAAUUCUUUAGCAGGCCAAAAUGUCAAGUCCUCAAUAACUAAGAGAGCAUGCUUUGCUGGUUGCUCAUAUCCCUAUGCUCAUUAUAAAAAAAACCAACACCAAACCCAAAUCUUGAUUUCUUGUACACCUCUUCGUGUAGCAUACUUGUAAAAGGAGGUCCUCAGAGUCUUUCCACUGUGAUUAUGCUAUUAUGUCAGAAAGGUAUAAAGAAACUCGCUUUGUGGUUUUUUAGAUGAAUUUUAAAAGUAAAUAGUUGCUUUCUAGAAGCUAACAUAUAGAGCCAGUGCUACUUUUGAGUCCUGGGUAGGCAGUGUCUGUUUUAGAGGGAAAUAACAGACUGUAACUAGAAAGGGUUUGUGCAUUUAUGUACUCAGCUACCCAAACGUUGCAGAGGGCAUUAUUUUUGAGCACUGUAAUAUUAAGCCUCACCUGCAGCACCCUUAAUUUUAUGCUCAGAAGUUCACUGUGGACUUCCAUAAUGAGAUGAAGAAGAAAAGGUUACUGAAAAAAAAAGUCAGUACCAUAAUUUCUAAACAACGCAAUAGAAGAUUGAUUUGCAAAUAUUUGUUUUGAAAACAGUAUAAGCUACUUAAAGUAUCACAGUUUUUAAAAGUGCAAGUUUAGUCCUUCAUAGUACAUUCAGUAGUUUAACUUCUGAAAAAAAUAAUCUUGAUUGAUCUUGAUUGCUCUCCUGCAAAUACAUUCCUUUGUCCUUGACUAUUCACAGGUUUGGGAUAUCUUUCAGGAUGAUUCUUCUUUACAUCUUAUUAAUUCUGACUCCAAAUACUGGCUGUAAUCAUGCCUGUAAAAACAGUUAUAUUGCCUACAGUUACUAAGCAUCAACAGCUGAGGGAUAACAUAGGUAGGAUAUAAUUUGUAUAUUACAAGUCUAUAGACUUUUAUUUCACAUGCAAGAGUUAAUCAGCAGUGCACAUCUUAAGAUUUUUUUAUCUGCUUCAUCUGCCUGGACUCUGAUCUUACACAGGCAUCAAUAUGUGCUUAGCAUAAACAUUGCAAACAGUCUAACUGAAUUCAGUUUAAAAGACGUAGAUACUAAAGUUAAAAUAAAAAGGUUCAACAGUGACAUUCCUAAGAAAUCACAACAAUGUACCUGGUUACACCAGGCUUUGUACUACUUGAUUUUUAAUUCCUACAUGCCUAAAUAAAUGAGCACCUACAUAGAUGAGGCUGAGCUGCUGUUGGUACUCUGUUGAACUCAGUGAGCUUCUAGGUGAAUGGAUGAUCUAGCUGCCCAAAACUAUUUCAACUGUAGGCCUAAUGUACAGUGAAGCCUAGGUAUUCACCUAGUUACACUUAAGCUUAAUUUUGAACAUGUGCACUGUCUUGCGGAAAAUAAAUGUGUGAAAUACAUCUGGUUUGACUGCUUGCCAGUCAGAGCAAUAUAUUUGACUGUCCUUUGACUCUCUUGCAUUUUGGGACCGUAUUCUGGGCCUCAUAGUAUGUAAAAACCAGUUAACUUGACGUCUCUGCAAAGCUCAAUUAUGUGUAACAUUUGGAAGAAAGAAUAGGACAUUAAAUAAAUGACAGUUCAUCAUGCUAUGUCUCACUCUGGCAAGCUUAACCGUAAGAAUAUUUGCCAUUCCCAUCCCUGUUUCCCUGCACUUUCCCCCCAGAGUGAGGGUUGCUAGUACUGUAUGCCAGUCAAAAAAGGAGACUAGUCUUUCUGAUUUGCGAAGAAUGGGGUGGCUAACUAAGAUCAUGCUCCUAAUCUCAGCCUGGAAAAGCAUGAAUGUGAGAAAGUGCCUCCCCUCUCCUUCUAGGCUUUAGCACUUAAAUAGAAUUGCUUUUUUUUGGUAUAUCAAGGUCUCUGGCUAAUUCAGAGAUUGAACCUAGCCAGGAAGGAGCAGUAAAAAAACACUUUUAAGUUCCCACAUAACACAGCUGCAACACUUAUUCUCCAUCUUGUGAGUUGGUUUUGAACAUGCUGUUGUAGUAAUGCAGAAUGCAGAUGAGGCCUCACACUGACUACCUCUCAUGCAAUACAAAACAAGCUCAUACAGUAGUUAAUGUCGAUUACGGUCGAGCAUCUUUUCGCCACGUGAUUCAGGGAGGUGGUAGUGGGGGAAAUAGUGAACAAAAGAAAUUAAUUUAAUUAAGACUUUAUUCCAGUGAUGUGUGUGGUAUACAUAACACCAACUCCAACUGAGGGAGGUCCUACAGCUUCUGGUAGGAAAUAAAGGUGAACUAGGCUAUAGUUUAUGUUGUGCUCUAAAAUGUAACAAAAGAUGUCAUCUGUUUCCUUCAGGCUGAGCUGGAUUUACCAGGAUAUUGUGUCCAAAAACACACACACAAUUUUAGUUUUUGAGGAAACAUGAUGCUCUUUUACCUGUUGCAAUGUAAUUGGAUAAUGCAUGUACAAAUGACUUGUUUAGCCUGCCAAUGAAUGUUGCUAAUGCCUUACCAAAAAAAAAAAGCAUAUUUUUUUGUAUUUUUUUCCUCAGAGGCAAAUCCAAACAAUGCUAGAUUUGGGAAACUGUUUACUGAAAAGCAUUUUCUAAUAGAUCUCUGAAGAAGUGCAAUUGUAUAAUUAUUAUUGUUCAGUGCAUACAGUACAUUGUCUCCAUCACUCUGUACACUGCUGCUAUUAGUGCUUGUUCUAAUAAAUCUCAAUGUACACUGUUUAAACCGC